ACCGAACCCAAUUUGUUAGUGGCAUCGACGCACUCCCGAGCUGCGAACCAAUCAUCAAAACUCGUUGUGACUGCCUCGAAACAGCUGCAAACAUGAACUUCCCGCUGGAUUCCGUUCAAGAUCUGCCUGAUGACGCUAAGAUGGCGCUGGCGGGGGCGUUGGAGCAGAUGCAAGUCCGCGACAGCUUGAAGAUGUACAACAAGCUGGUGGAGCGGUGCUUCCAGGAGUGCGUGGAGGACAUGCGGAGUAAGGCGCUGACAGGGAAGGAGGAACAGUGCGUUUCCAAGUGCUGCGAGAAGUUCAUGCACGUGACGGCGCGCGUGGGAAUGCGCUUCCAAGAGUUCUUCAGCCAAAUGGAGCAGCAGGCGGCGGCGGCAGCGGCGGCGGCGGGCACUGGGAAAUGAGCGGCGGCAUGGAAUGGCGAUGCGGCAUCAUCAGUGGUGGCGGCAGCGGCAGAUUCAUCAUCGAAUGGAUGAUGUAUGCGUGCGGAGCGGCACGAUUUGUUUAGUCUGUAGGUGACAUGUUCACAGGUGGUGUUGAGCGGCGAAGGAUGAGGUGCGGCGGCGGCGGAUGUUUGCACCGACGGGAACUUUCGAUAAAGGGUAGAGUGCGCUUGUGUGCAGCUGACGUGCAUUGGAGUGAGAUGCCUGGGUACCACACGCAUUGAGGGGUCCGCUAUGGAGAGACCGUGGCGCCUAGGCGCGCCCGUGGCAGGAGGCGGCGCAUCACGCCAUUUAAGCCCGCAGCACACCGCGCCGCAAUGCGGUGCGCAUCUGGACGCUGGAGGGUAUGACAGCAGCGCAUCUCCUUACUGCGGAGCGCUGUCACGCGGAUAUCAUACGCCAGCGGGAAACGGCGGAGCGCAAGCUAACAAUGGCCCGGGUGACCUGCGGUGUGGGAAAGCAAGGGAAGGGGUGGGAUCCAGGCUCUGUGUUUUUGCUUCCCGGCUGCGAUGCUGUUUUCAUCGAGUGCACGGGCAGCGCGGCUGGUGAUGCGUCCUCAGGCAUGGUGCGGCGUUGCAGCUCAUGGCAGGCUUCCGAUUUAUACUCUUGACUAAUUUGGCCAGCUCACUGAAGGCCUGUUGGGUAGAAGUGGAGGGCGGAUGUAUGGAGCGCGUUCGCUUGGAGGUUCUUGCGGCCCGGCCAUAUGUGCGACUGUGCCAGAUGGUUGGGUUUGCCGGUUGCCGUGUUUGGGGGGCGUGGCCCCUGGUUGGCUGUGUCGCCGGCCAGCUUGCUUUGGAGCCCGAGUGGGAGGGUCUUUAACUCUCGAGUUGGUCUGUUGGUGGGUUCGCAUGAAGACUCAUGAAGCAAGGGGUUGCUCACCGGACAGCCGGACACGGAAGUGUGCUAUGGCGGGCUGGGCUGGGACUCGUCGAAAGUUCGCCGAAUGUACACUGUGGAGUCGUUGUGGGGAGGCAUGCAACUUAUCAGCAAUACAGCGGUCAGAAUCCCGCCGUGAUGGACCGAGGGCAUCCUAGCAGGCCCAGGCGUCAGGAAGCCAAAACUUCCUUCAAGCAUGUCGCAGUAGGACCUGGCGGGCUUCUUUGACCAUUGCUUUGGGGCCAUGCACUAAUUUCGCCUCCGCGGAAUGAGCGGGGAAGUGGUCUGGCCUAUUCCGUAACUCCG